CUCCUAAAGCUUGUCACCAAUUUAUCGCUGGCACCCUCAAGAGAAAGAUCAGAGUUGGGAACUUUGCAGGCUAAACAGCAUUUCACUGAUGUCAAUGACCCCUUUAUUGAUCUGCGUGAGGCUUGGAUAAAUCGUAGCAGGCAUAAACAAGUGUCUACAUUUAAGAUUGAUUGUUACCUGUCAGUUUCCACAGGAACCCUGUCGAUCACAGCAGGCGCCUCCCAGCCAAGAAAGUAUCUUAUUGCACAUUGCUUUCAAUUCUGCCACAUUCCGGAUGUCCUGACCGAACAGGCUAGAAAGCAAAGAGACGACGACAAAAGACAUAAGGCGCGCUAUCGGAAGAACACAAAUAUGGCGUUUCUAAUCAAUCGUGUUACCCCAGAGCCUGUGCCACCCUCAGCAGACGAAGCGGGAACCGAGUUAUCAGACUCGCUUGGCCCCAUGAAAGAAAAGGGUUGUCUAAUCAAUAACAAUGAGAAGGAUUCUUCUGAGACAACUGAUCAUGGUGGUGCUAAUGAAUGUCAAGAGGGCCUUGACGGCCUUCCCGAAAACGAUGUAAUAAAAAAUGGUACGAAUAGGUUACAAAAUGAAAGGAGAAGCUGUUCACCUCAUUCUAAAAGACUUGACUCAUGGAAUCUGGAGGAAAAUUUGUCGUCACGGCGAUCUUCUGCCUGUGAUCGCGUUCUUUUGUUAACUAUGUGUCUCAUGUCGGCAGCCGCACUGAUGCUCACCUUGUUGAUGAUGUUUGGAGUGGUUGGACCAAUGCAAUGUUCCUGCUCUGGGAAAACAGAAACGUCAGAACUUCAAAAGGAUGUGCAAGAGUUGAAAAGGAACCUCUCUGCAUUCAGAGAUUACUCGGUCUCAGCAGUGUUAGAGGAGCUAGCGAUAAAGGGCAAAAAUACAGAGCUAGAGGAUAUCCAUCUUGCAGUACAGCAUGCUGCUCAAGUUUUGAUUGGUCUGAAUACAAGUGUAAAUGAAAGGUUUCUGCAUUUCCAACAAAGAAUCAUACAACUGGAUCAAAAGGUGAAAAAUACUACUGGCAGCACGAGCAUCAGAGGACCACCUGGAGUCAAUGGUACUAAUGGUGACCCCGGACCUGCCGGACCUCCGGGAUAUAAUGGUACAAAGGGUGACAUUGGACCUGCCGGACCUCCAGGAUAUAAUGGUACUCAGGGCCCUGCAGGACCAUCUGGACUACCUGGUGUACAGGGUCUUCGUGGACCAGCUGGGUUCAAUGGUACCCAGGGUCCACCUGGACCCGGGGCCAGUUCCUGUGUUUUUAAGACUUUAUCUAGCCUUGGCCUACCAGCAUCCUCGUUGAUCAUCCAAAAAAUUACAGCGACGGAACAAAAUGGUAAAAUCUUUAUUGGCGUAAACUGUGAUACAAACGACGCGAAAGCUGUUAAAUUAUCAAGUACUAUUUCAGGUGGAAAAAGAUCCUACGACUGCUCUUACGAAGGUACCCUAACAACUGGAGAACCAAUGAUGUAUUGCUACAUGCACUACUGGGAGUGUCAGAUAUAAGAGGGAAGACGAAAAGUUAUUUGAUCAACAGGAGUCUUUGUGAAGUAGAUAAGAGAUAAUGUAUAUCAGAAACGAGACGAAGAACAAUUAAGUAGAUGAACGUAAAUAUCUUUUUUUUUAAAUAUGCCCAGUCAACUGGGUUUUCUCUCAGAAAGCAUUUCAGUUGAGUGUUGUAAAACCAAAAUUAAAGUAAAAUAAAAGUAAGGAGUAUAAUCAGGA